CUGGUUACGGCUGAAUGGAAACAGAUACAUGGAGAGCUCGUAAUAUAGAAAUAUGAUGCUUGACAGCUAGCGGGUCUGCUUAAAAGAGGUCAACAUUAUCCUAGAGAGUUCAGAAACGACACGAGCGAUGACAGUGCGCGUCUUCCAACAAGAAAAUACCUCGACUGUAUAAUGUUUUUGACAUUUAUAGUGGUUUUAUAAUUUGCAAAUUACUUCUCAUACCAUCUCAGAAGCUCAUCACUGUUUGGAAUAUUUUUGUUCAUGACUGUCUCUAAUAUAAUCGAAGUGGAGGAGCCACAUUUGGGGGACUGUAAUAUGAAAAAAGAAGCAACUGAAUUUUUAGGGUUUGUUCCGCAAAAAGAUAUUGUUUACAACGAACUUUUGCCUUACAAGGACAAACUAGACGAAGAGUCCAAUGCAUUUUUGGCACAGAUCAAAGGAAACCUCGGCAGAGCCGUCCAACUUAGAGAGAUAUGGCCAGGUGUCUUGUUUUGGACGAGGAAACUUUCCACAUAUCUGCGACUGUAUGGAAGGAAGUUCAGCAAAGAGGACCAUGUGCUCUUUGUCAAGCUGCUGUAUGAGCUGGUCACCAUCCCCAAACUGGAGACCAGUAUGAUGCAGAGCUUCGCCCGUCUCCUCAUCACCCUGCUGAAGAAGAAGGAGCUGCUUUCAAGAGAGGACUUAGAAUUGCCUUGGCGGCCACUUUAUGAGUUGCAGGACAGGAUCCUGUUCUCAAAGACAGAGCACCUUGGCCUGAACUGGUUUCCCAGCUCAGUGGAAGCAGUUCUGAAGGCUUUAAUCAAGAAUUGCAGACCAUAUUUCCCAGAAUCAGCCACACAGGAGAUGCUGGAAGAGUGGAGGCCUCUGAUGUGCCCAUUUGACGUGACCAUGCAGAAGGCAAUGGGAUGUUUUGAGCUCUUCCUGCCCACCACUCUCCCUCCAGAGCUCCAUGAUAAGAGCUUUAAACUUUGGUUUGAAGAGUUGAUAAGCCUGUGGGUUUCGGUGCAGAACCUUCCAAGUUGGGAAGUGAAUCUUGUCAGCCUUUUUGCAAGACUGGCAAAUGACAACAUUGGUUAUAUAGACUGGGACCCUUAUAUACCCAAGAUCUUCACUAGGAUCUUACGGAGUCUUAAUCUUCCUGUAGGGUCCAGUCAGAUGCUGGUUUCCAGAUAUCUGACAAAUGCCUAUGACAUCAGUCAUGUGGUCAUCUGGAUUUCUGCUUUGCUGGGAGGGCCCAGCAAGCGGACUCAGACCCAGCUCAGUGGCCUUUUCAACAGUAUCGCCUCGUUUUUCCACCCUUCUAACCACGGCCGCUGGCUGAUGAAACUCAUGAAGCUCGUUCAGCGAUUACCUGCUAGCGUUGUGAAACGUCUGCAUCGAGAACGUUACCGGACGCCAUCGUGGCUGACUCCUGUUCCCGAGAGCCACCUUCUCAGUGAGCAGGACAUCACAGACUUUGUAGAAAGUAUGAAGCAGCCCGUCCUGCUGGCGAUGUUUAGCAAAACUGGCAGUCUGGAUGCUGCCCAGGCCCUGCAAAACCUUGCCCUGCUCAGACCUGAGCUAGUCAUUCCUCCAGUGCUGGAGAAGACAUAUCCUGCCAUGGAGACCCUCACUGAGCCUCACCAGCUGACCGCCACUCUAAGCUGUAUGAUCGGUGUGGCGCGGAGCCUUGUAGCCGGGGGCCAGAGGUUUCCAGAGGGUCCCACACACAUGCUGCCUCUCCUCAUGAGGGCUCUGCCUGGGGUCGACCCCAAUGACUUCAGCAAGUGCAUGGUAACAUUCCAAUUUUUAGGGACUUUUGUUACUCUUGUGCCAUUGGUGGACUGUUCAGCUGCUGUUCAGACAAGAAAUGACCUCACACAGGUGGAAAAAGAGUUGUGUUCAGCCUCAGCAGAGUUUGAGGAUUUUGUUCUUCAGUUUAUUGAUAGGUGCUUUGCACUGAUUGACACGAGUACACUAGAACAGACCCGGGAGGAGAUGGAGACAGAGAAAAUGACUCAUCUGGAGAGUCUGGUGGAGCUGGGCCUGUCCUCCACAUUCAGCACUAUCCUCACGCAGUGCUCUAUGGAAAUAUUCCAGGUGGCUCUGGAAAAAGUCUUUAACUUUGCCACUAGAAAUAUCUUUGAGACUCACGUGGCUGGACAGAUGGUGGCGAACAUGUGCCGAGCUGCAACCAAGUGUCACCCUGCAGAGGCUCUGAAACUCUUUUUGCCCCACUGCUGUAAUGCCAUUUUAAAAAUCUCAGCCUAUGAAGAGGUAUUUAAUGAAGAGGAGCUAGAUAAAGAGCUAAUGUGGAACCUCCUGCUGUUGUCUGAGGUGACCCGUGUGGAUGGUGAACAACUGUUACUGUACAAGUCUCAGCUGGUGCAGAUUCUUCAGUUAACUCUGCACCUGAAAUGUAAGCAGGGCUACAAUCUGGCCUGUAAGCUGCUCUAUCACACCCUGCGCUCCAUGUCCCUCAUCUAUCCCAGAGAGUACUGCAGCAUGCCUGGAGGGGUCCAGCAGCACACUGACACAUACCUUCCAAUUAAGGACUGGGGUCGGCCUGGAGACCUGUUGAACCUGGGCAUCCAGUGGCACGUGCCCAGCACAGAAGAGAAAGAGUUAGUUUUUUACUUGCUGGAUCUGUUGUUAAAACCUGAACUCCAGCGUCUGCAGAAACACAUACAGGGAGAACAGGACGUCAGCAGGGAUGAUGUUCUACAGAGUCUGUCCAUUGUUCACAACUGCCUUCUGGGAGCAAGCAGCCUUCUGCCUCCACUGAAUGGAGAACCUGUGCCAGAGAAGAUAAACAGUAUGAUUCAACUAUGCGAGACAAAUGUGUACACUGGAGUAGACUACGACCUGUCUGGAGAGAACUACAGAGAGGACAUCUGUAAGGUGAUUAGACCUCUACUACACCACACUCUAGAGCACUCAGAGGAUGACAUCAAAUCCCUCUUCUCAAUUAUAAAGAUCAUCAACGACCUGCUCCACUUUAAAGGCUCACACAAACAUGAGUUUGACUCGCGUUGGAAAAGUUUCAGUCUCAUUAAGAAGUCCAUGGAGAACAGGCUUCAUGGCAGUAAGCAGCACAUUAGGGCUCUACUCAUAGACAGAGUCAUGUUGCAACAUGAGUUAAGAAAUCUGACCAUGGAAGGAUGUUGUUACAGGAGUGUUCACCAGGACUUGAUAAAUGACCUGCUUAGACUGUCCACCAGCAGGUACAGUCAGGUGAGGAGUAAAGCUCAGAACGUGCUGUUCACAGCAUUGGGAAACUACAGCUUGUGCUGCAGAGACGUCAUCCCUGCGGUGCUGGAGUAUCUGGACCCAAACCGUACUGACGUCACCCAGCAGCAAUUCAAAGGUGCCUUGUACUGUCUGUUAGGGAACCACUCUGGGAUCUGUCUUGCUAACCUACAGUACUGGGACUGCAUUGCUCUCACAUGGCCUGCCAUUGUGCGUUCUGGUAUGAGCCCCUCAAUGUCUCUAGAGAAGUCUUCAGUCGUCCGGCUCUUUGAUGAUCUGGCUGACAGAAUCCACCGCCAGUACGAGACCAUCGGAAUUGACUUUUCUAUUCCAGAGAGCUGUGUAGAGGUUGCUCUAAAAUUGAUGAAAUCCAGUAACCCAGAACCGACUCCAUGUGCCGCCUCUGAACAGGAGGAAGUGGAGGGAAGAAAGAGACAGGAACAGAAAAACAUAGACUCAGUGCAGAAGUACAAGAAGCUAGUGAUGGAUCUUUUGGACAGCCUUCACGACGUAAACUUGCCCUGGAAGUUUGAGCAGAUAGCUAUCGGCUUCCUCUCUCUGAUGCUGAGAGAUGACCACCCUUUGCCUUCCUCUGCAGUCCUCUUUUUCGUUGAGAGCCUGAACCACGACUCGCUCUUAGUUCGCAAUUGUGCAAUAUCAGCAGUGAGCGGCAUUCUAAAGCAGCUCAAGAGACCUCACAAGAAAGUGGGAGUGAAUCCCUAUGACAUAUCUGAGCUCAAAACCUCGCUGCAGUCAUCUGGUGGUAAAGCUCUAAGCUCUCUGUUGGUGGGAGACAGGCCUGAUAACCAGUGGCUGCAGUAUGACAGCAGCAGGUUGCCACGCUCCCAGCAGGACUGGAAUGAGUGCUGCUUCAUUGAGAAAACCCACUGGGGCUAUUCCACAUGGCCACGGACGCUGAUGCUCUAUGCCCCUCUUGAGGAACAGCCCAAACAGGGCAAAACAAGAGAAGAGAUGAAUGAAAGUGAACAGAUCAUAUAUGAUCAUUUCUCAGACCAGCAGUUCAUCGAUCAGUUCAUCCAGUAUUUGUCUCUGGAGGACAGAAAGGGGAAAGAUCAAUUCAGCCCACGACGAUUUUGCCUCUUUAAGGGUCUUUUUCGGAACUUUGAUGAUGCCUUCCUGCCUCUGCUGAAGCCUCAUAUGGAGCGUCUGGUUGCAGAUUCCCAUGAGAGCCCCCAGCGCUGUGUGGCGGAGAUCAUCUCUGGACUCAUCAGGGGCUCCAAACACUGGAGCUACAGCAAGGUGGAAAAACUGUGGGCUCUGCUGUGUCCACUCCUCCGUAAAGCUCUUUCCAAUAUCACCAUUGAGACGUAUGCGGACUGGGGCACCUGUAUCGCCACCGCCUGUGAGAGCCGAGACCCACGAAAGCUGCACUGGCUGUUCGAGAUGCUGAUGGAAUCUCCGGUCACUGGAGAAGGAGGCUCAUUUGUGGAUGCCUGCCGUCUGUAUGUGCUGCAGGGAGGUCUUGCUCAGCAGGAAUGGAGAGUUCCAGAGUUGCUUCACAGGUUACUACAGUACCUAGAACCCAAACUCACUCAGGUCUACAAGAAUGUACGUGAACGCAUCGGCAGUGUGCUCACCUACAUCUUCAUGAUCGACGUGAACCUGCCACACACCAAGCCUUUAACGGAGGGCGAGGAAGAGAUCCAGAACCACGUUGUAGAGGAGAACACAGAGGGAGAUCAAGAUGAGAGGAAACAAGCCAUCAAAUUACUCAAAACUGUGUUGAAGUGGUUGAUGACCAGUGUUGGACGCUCCUUCUCUUCUGUGGUCCCAGAGCAGCUUCGUCUCCUCCCUCUACUCUUUAAAAUUGCUCCUGUGGAGAAUGACGACAGCUAUGAUGAGAUGAAGAGAGAUGCUAAGACAUGUCUGUCUCUUAUGUCCCAGGGACUGCUGUACUCAGAGCAGAUCCCACAAGUCCUCAAUGCACUUGAGGAGAUUUCGAGGAGCAGCUCAUGGCACGCACGUUACACUGUUCUCACAUACCUGCAGAUCAUGGUUUUCUACAAUCUUUUCACUUUCCUCAGUGAUGCCAAGGCUGUCAGUGACGUGAGAGCGCUAGUACUGCGCCUGCUGGAGGAUGAACAACUUGAGGUGAGGGAGAUGGCCGCCACCACUAUAAGUGGAUUCCUGCAGUGUAAUUUUCUCAGCAUUGAUGAACCCAUGCAGGCCCAUUUUGAGGCCCUGAGCAAAACCCGUCUGCCCAAACGCAAGAGGAGAGAGCUGUGCUCAGUGGUGGACACGAUCCCUUCUGCUGACCUGGUGCGGCGACAUGCAGGUGUAUUGGGUCUGAGUGCCUGCAUCCUGUCCAGCCCGUAUGAUGUGCCCACCUGGAUGCCCCAGAUCCUCAUGGACCUGAGUGCCCACCUCAACGACACACAGCCUAUAGAGAUGACUGUGAAGAAAACCCUGUCGGAUUUCCGUCGCACUCAUCAUGAUAACUGGCAGGAACACAAGCAGAAGUUCACAGAUGACCAGCUGCUUGUGCUCACAGAUCUGCUGGUCUCCCCCUGUUACUACGCUUAGAAGGAUGUCACUGUCUGGUGAAGGGAAAUGGCAAAGCUAACUGAAACCUGAAUUUUUGUUUGCUCUGAAUGUCUGGGAUUGUUUGUAGGAAAGAAAAUUAAAUAAUCGCAUGUAGCAAAAGAUGCAAUCAUCUAGUUAUGAGAUAACUAGAAUAUUUUACUUAACUUGUUUUUUAUUAAUUUUUUUUGAAUACACUUAAUAUUUAAGGGGAACUUUAUUGCAGGUAUCGCUGAGCUGCAUCUAUAAUGGUCUUGUAUAGAUUUCAGUUUCCGCUUGUUUGAGUGCAGUAUGGAUUGUUAUAGCCCAAUAUAAAGCAGUUUUCUGCACUGCUUGCUCUGCAUUUAUUGUAAUACUAGCAUUUUACAGUUUUAGCAGUAAUCUGUUUGAAAUGUGUACACGUUAUGCUGAUAAAUGUUACGUGUGUGUAUGAGGUAAAAGUACCAUUACCCUUUUUUUUCUUCUACUUUUUGAAGUAGAACUGUAAAUUUCCUCCUGCCUCAUAGAGACAGUGUGCAUUUUGAACAGUUAUGUAAGCCUACAUAAAUGAAAGCGUGUAAGAUUAUAUAAUUUGGUGAUGCUAUUUUUCAGUUGUCAUGCCAAUACAGCUGAACUAAACUAAAAAUUCAGUGUAAUCACAAUGGAUGGUGUUACAAAAUAGUAGUCCAUGAGAUUUAAAACUCCUCCCUCCUGCACUUCAUGCAUCUUUUUUUCUAUUAGUAUUUUUGCAGUCAAUAAAUGUUUACCAUUUAUUAAUUAAUUUAAUUAAAAUUUUUAGUCUUUCCUUUGCAUUUAGUGUUUGCCGUUUUUGCUUCAAGCCAGUUGUUCUCAUCUCCAGCUUUUUAAAGGAACUGCCAGCAAAUGUGGAGACAGUGUCAUUGACACUUGACGUUAGCAAGCAUUGCUGAACCUAUUAGUAGCAACAGUCGUAGACCAUACAUUAAUGCCAAGGUUUUUUUGGCAAGCUUACAUUUUAAGUAUAAUUCAUGCUGUGUCAAAAUCAUGUCAUAAGCCAAUGUGUAGUUCAACUUUGGUUGGUAAACUAGAACACAGUUAUGCUGUAAUGCUAUGCUAAUGCUUGACUGACUGAUUACUUUUUAUUUCCUUGAUAUUCCUUUUACAAAUAUUUAACAAAGUCAUCAGAUGUUUGUAAUAAAGUGUGACAAACCA